AGUUCAACCAAAUUUAAUUGGUUAUGUUGGUCAUAGUGGUCCAAUGACACCGUCUUUAGUUGGCGCUGCUGUUCUAGCUGCGACAUCUUCAAAUAAUAGUUAUUCGCAUAAUAUUAACAAUAAUACUGCAUCUAAUAUGAACCCACAUGAAGAAACGUCAACUACUGGGCUAUCAGCAUCAGGUUUUUUCUCGUCAAAUUUUAAUGGAUCUAUUUCAAGUCAUCCAAGUUUAGCUAGCUCUAGUGGCUCAGGAGGAAUCAGUGCAUUUCCAUUUCUUUUCGAAUUAGAAUAUGUUGAUUCGAGUUCAUGUAGUCCUACAACACUGCAUAAAUCGAUAAAUCAUUCCUAUAAUCGUCAUCAUCAUCACUAUAUGUGUCAUCCUGGUUCACAAAAAUCAUCCAUUGGACGAAUAAACUAUAAUGAAGAAGUAACUACUACUGCUACUACUACUUCUAUUACUACUACUACUACUACCACUACUAUCAAUGGUUGUAACGAAGGAAAUUCAACUCUGAAUAGUCUUUCUUCAUCAAAUAGUGCUUCCGAAAAAUUCACCUUCACUAAUUUAUCAUCUAGUAUCAAUGUUAAUCAUAUUCGAAUAUUUUUACGAACACCCGAAGAAAAAGCGGAUUGGAUAGCUAGUUUGCUAAGUAUUCAAAGUUAUCGAUUAUUUAUACGGUAUAUACGAACUUUACCCAGACUGGAAGUCUCGCUUCGUUUGCCGUCGUCGCACAUUUACAAAUUUAGUCAACCUGAUACUAUGGACAAUAUUAUAUUUGAAACAAAUAUGCCAAUAUCUAUGUUAUAUCCUCAUAAAAAUAAUUCGAUUACAAAUCAACAUGAACAACAGUCUAUAAUUCAGUCAACUGAUGUAACAAAUCAUUUUGAUUCUGGUAAAAUACAUUUCAAUGAAUCAUCUAGUUAUUUAUGUACAACAGGUGAUACUAGUCCAGAUGGUGAAAGGGAAGAGGAAGAAGUCGAAGAAAGAGAUGAAGAUGAUGACGGUGAUGAUGAUGAUGAUAAUGAUGGAGUAUUGAUAGGAUCACAUUCUUUAACGUCUUCUAAUAUUGUUGUUAAUUCUUCACCUCUUUCAUUAGUAAUUGGUCUGUCAUCACAAUCUUCACCGAUAACAAAUACAUUAUCAAAUAUGGACAAUUCUACUACUACAACGACUACCAUUACUCAUAAUAGUAAUUUUAUCGGGACUGAACGUAGUGAUGAUCGGAAUGGGGAGAUAAUAUCAUCUGAACGUCAUGAAAAGCAAGAUAGUACUAAUAUUAUGAUGUCAAUGUUUUGUAACAGUGGUUCGUCGAGUACAUUAACACUGACUAGUCAUGGAUCAUCUAAUGAUUGUUAUAAUAAUAAUAAUAAUAAUAAUAAUAAUAAUAAUAAUAAUAAUAAUCAAAACCAAACUGUUACGAAUGGUCGUAGCAGUACAAUAAAAUCUUUGCGUGAUUAUGCUAUUCAACGACAAUCAUCUCAAUCCCCUAUUCGGUCUACUGAAAUUGUCAAUAUACACACUAAUCAACGCUUUUCAAAUUCAUCCAGUUUUCCACCACAAAUACGUAUGGCUACAUUAGAUAAACUAAUUGAACGACUCACCUAUCCAACUUAUUUCGAUACACGUUUAGUAAAUUGUUUCCUAUUGGUUUAUAGACGUGUUACUACAUCAGAUGAAUUGUUAGAUUUACUCAUUGAAAGGUUUCGUAUACCUGAUCCGGAAUUUCUACCUGAAGAAUGGAAUAUUGAAGUAGAGCAGGGUCAAUUGGAAUCUCCAGCACAGCAUAUGUUAAAAAGAUUUCGUUCAGGAUAUAAAAAGCGUAUUCAAUCUAGAGUGAUAAUGUUCCUAUCCCGUUGGGUUCGUAAUGCACGUUAUUAUCAGAAUGAUUUUGCUCCUAAUCCUCGACUACGUCAGAAACUGUUAGAUUUUUUAUCGAGUAUACAAGCUAGACAUUUACUUUCGUCUGUUGAACGUAUUAAACAUUAUUUACAAAAUCCUCCAAUUUCUACACAAUAUCCUGAAACAAUGAUAAGAACAACUGUAAGAACAAUGGAAACAAGUAAAGAUAAUGCGGAUUUAUUGCCGAUAUCGUCAUCAUCUGACCCGACAUCUGUAUCACCAAUCGAAUCAAGUCAAUUAAGAAAUUUUGUAAAUCGUAUAACCUUAAAUAAUAUUCAUCCUUUCAAAUUAGCUGAACAGGUUACAUUGUAUGAAUGGGAAUUAUAUCGACGUAUACCAUUUUGGGAAGUUGAAAGUCGUGAUCGUACUGGUAAUGCUGUACCUAAUCUGAAUAAAUCAAAGUCAUUUUCAAAUCGUUUUCGCAGUUGGUUGAUCUAUUCGAUACUUAGUGAAGCACACCCAGAUGAUCGAAUAGUUGGCAUUCAACGUGUUAUCGACUUGAUGUUAAUUAUGGAGCAUAUGAAUAAUUUACAAGGAAGUCAGGAAGCCAAGUCAGCAUUGAUUAGUGCAGCCGUGUAUCGUUUGAGAAAGUCAUUUCAGGCUAUUCGUCGAAUGCGACAUUAUCGUGAAAUAGUUGAUCGUCUAAGACGGGAAGGUGUUCACAGUCCGAAAUAUCAGCGAACAUCCUCUUCGUGCUCAUCAUCAUCAUUAAUAAUAUCACAUCAAAACAAUCCAAUGAUCGAUUCAAAUCUAUCAGCAAAUCAUCCUAUUCAUAAUAACAGUACUAACAAUACUACUAGUAAUAAUAAUUCAAUAAAUAAUCAUUUUGCUAGUUUCGGUUUACCAUUUUCAACUGGAACAAGUAAAUCACAUGAACGCCGUAUACGCGUACUAGAAAAACAACAUGCAUCUGGUGAGUCAUGCCAUCCAUGUGUUCCAUAUAUAGCUGCUGGAGUAAUAACACGUCUAAUACACUUAGAUUUACGUCAUCCAGAUACAAUUAUAAAUGAUGCUGGUAAUGUAAUGAUCAAUUGUUGGAAACAUCGUCAAUUAGCUGAUAUUGUUGAACGUUAUUUAGCAUUUCAACGUAUUCCUUAUACAUAUAAUGUAGAUGAUAAUGUACGACAAUUUUUAGAACAUGUUGAUCCAUUUGAACUAGCUGGCGUUUCGUCUGAGGCAGAAUUUGAAAGUAAAAUGUAUCAGUUGUCUGAGUCUUAUGAACCAAGGGAUACUGAAACGGUGAAUGAACCAAUUAUACCGGAGGAACGUCAUAUGACUAAAGAAGAAAUACAAGCUGCACAAUUACUCAGUAAUGCUCCAUUAAAAGAACGUAUAUCAGUACCAUCUGUACUUCAAUUCAACAAUUUGCUCAAUUCACCUAAUAAUACUGCUAAUACCAAUAAUAUUAGUGCUAAUAAAUCACCACUAUUAUUAUCAUCAUCGUCAUCUACACCAUUCACUACCAAUGUUGCUACCGAUAGUACAAAUGAACAUAAAAAUUCAUCAAAGAAAUCUAGUCAUCAUCCUUCAUCGUCAUCACCAUCAUCACAAAUCGGUGUAACUUUUAUUAAUAACGAUAGUAACAGUAGUAAACAUUCUCAUGGUGAAAUACAAGAACGUAAAUAUUUACGUAUUCCUAAUGCAUUUUCUGUAUCCAAUACAACUGUAUCAGGCGCUAAACAUCAACACAGUAUGUCUGACAGUCAUGUCAUUUCUCCGAUAAUUUAUCCUUGUCAUCAAGCAGCAAACUCAGUGAUUGGCGUAACAACCGCUUACUCUGCUACCGAUGGGUUGUCACCGCCAUCAACCCCUUAUCCUUCUGCAUGUGUUGGUUGUUCACAUCAACCACCACCUCCACCAUUACCACCUAGACAAAGCCGUCAAAGUUGUAAUUGUUGGAAACAUUCUAAAGCCCCAAAUUCCACUGGUACAACUCUGCACAGAAUACCUACUCCACCAUCUUCUCUUCAUUCAUCGAAUACUUCAUGUGUUUUCUUUUCAACUAUGGAAAAUUGUAAGUGUUUACCACCGCCACCACCACCACCCCUACCUCCAAAGUUAAACUGCUCUAUUCGUUCGACUGCAGCAACAACAACAACUGCUCCUGUCGCCUACAGUCGAUCUCCCGAUGCGUCUUCUAAUCAUUCGAAUUUUUUUCAAUCAGCCACAUUCACUCCAGAUAUUACUACUAUUACUACCACCACUGAGUAUAGUAUUGUUGAAACAGCUCCACCAUUACCGCCAAGAAGAAAUGCUUUCAAUAAUACCAGUACUAUUACUACUACUACAACGUUAUGCAAUACAUUAUCAGAUCACAUUAACAGAUCACCUGACACAUGACAAUAUGCUGUAUAGUUUGAUUAUUGCUGCUUAUUUUUAUGCUGCAAAUUCAUUCCUUCUCGAAUCAUACACUCUAGUUAUAAUCUACUCCUUACUGUCGCUGAUACUAUCAUUAUAACUUUUCUGUUCUUCUUAUUGAUUUCCUCUUAUUGUGUACUAUAUGAAAAUUUUGGUUGAUGUACAUUUGUACAGAAUCCAAUAUUACUUAUGGUUGACUGACUUUAUACAUAUAAUGCAUACCGAGAGUGGAACCUCAUCUCAGCUAUGUAGUUUAUGUCUGUUUGUAUGAAUUAAAUUCUUUUUUUACUAUCAUUAUUAUUCUAAAACAGUAUUCAUUGUCUUCUUUUCAUUAACAAAGAAUUUCAACUAAGAUAUUGUGUUUUUCCUUUCUCGGUUCUUCUCUUCACUCGUAUACCAUUAAUAUGCAUUUAGUGUAAACUCCCCCCCCCUCGUCUUCAUUUUUCCCAUAUAAGGUUACAAACGGUUCAGAAUCAAUCACUCAUAGACACAUUCUUGUUCUUUUUUUUUUAAAAAAGAAACUUCAAUUGCAAAAUUAUUCCAAACUUUAUUCCACAUAUCGAUUCUUUCUCUUGGAAUCGUAUUCUUCUUGCCUUAUAUGUUUUUUGUUGCUAUCAAUUCUGAUGUACUCUUCAUAUUUCUCUCCAUAGUUUCAUCUUACCAUGAUGAUCUAAAAUUACAACGUGACCGGAUCUGAGUAUAUUUGUUAAAUCCUAUGUUCCUUAUGAUUUGCUGAUAUAGUAACUGGCGCGAUGCUCAGUCGAAACAAGUGUACAACUAUGUUUCCUUUCUUCUACACCCUGCUUAUCGUUGAUUUCAUGUUAAGAUAAACAAAACAAAACAAAAUCAGAAAAAGAACAUUGAAACCAUAAAAAGAUAAGAUCAGUUAUCUUAGAUUUCUAUGAUUUAUUUUUGUCUGUCCUUAUGAUUGUUUUCCCUGCUUUUCAAGUUUGUGACUCGCUUUGAUUUUCAUUUUUCUACCGGUGUUGUAACAUGGAUGAUUCAUUCUAACAUAAAUGCAUUUUUAUUUUGUGCUAAGAAGUGUAUGUUGUGUGUGCAUUAACUCAAGUUGUCCAAAAAAUCGAGUCAUUGAGUUAUACGUACUUUUAAGUUUAUUUAUUUAUAAUACUAUAAUAGAAACAUGUGUAUAUGAUGUUGGUGAUGAUGAUGCUUUUAUUAUUCGAACAAUUGAAGUACUUGUCUUAUUAUUUCCUUUACUUAUUAUUCAAUUAUAUUUCUUAAUAAUCUUUGGUUUUUUGUUUUUCCCUUUUUGAUCUGCUUUUUAUUCUUUUUUCAUUUCCAUUUUUGUACGUUUAUCGGUCAGAAGAAUGUAUGUUUGUCAGUUAUUAGUAGUCUAUUUACUUUUCAUUUACAAUUUUAUCCCGAUUUAUCGAGGUUGUGAACAAUUUUUGCAGUUUGCCGAUAAAACGAAGUCCGCAUAUAUAUUUAGCUAAGUUCAACUUACAAUCUAACUGUAAUAUUCAUAUUUUAUAUCUGUUCUGAUUUGCAAUUUACUACGUGAACUAUAAUAUAUGCUUUACAUAUACACAUAAUGCACAGAUACCGAUUUCCUCAACACUCUUCAUUUUUCCUCUAACUAGAAGUGUAAAACGGACAAUUCAGUCUACUGAUUUAGAGUUAAUUCUGACUUGUUUUGUUUUCUUGAAGAGAAACAAUAUUUUAAUUUUUCUCUUAACUUAAACACCUCACAAUUAUGGUGUAUAAGUUAUUUGAAUUUGUAAUAACUUCUAGAAACCUGUAAUUUGAUUACUAGAAUUCAUACAUAUAUAUAAUAUGAAAUAUACGUUAAAUAUACCGAUUGCUAUUUUUGAG